UCAUUGUACUUAGCAAUAUGUUCAAGUUCGUGAUCUUGUUGUCGGUUGUUGCCUGCGCCUUUGGUGCUGCUAUUCCUGAGGGACUCCUCCCCCAGUUGGAUGGACGCAUCGUUGGAGGUACCGCCACCACCAUCGCCAGCUUCCCCUGGCAAAUCUCCCUCCAGCGUAGUGGCAGCCACUCCUGCGGUGGUUCCAUCUACUCUGCCAACAUCAUCGUGACUGCUGCUCACUGCCUGCAAUCCGUCUCCGCCUCCACCCUUCAGGUUCGCGCCGGCUCUACCUACUGGAGCUCCGGUGGUGUCACCAGCGCUGUUGCUGCCUUCAGGAACCACGAGGGUUACAACUCCAACACCAUGGUCAACGAUAUUGCUGUCAUCCGUCUGAGCUCUUCCCUGUCCUUCAGCUCCAACAUUAAGGCUAUCGGUCUGGCUUCCUCCAACCCAAGCAACGGUGCUUCUGCCUCCGUCUCUGGCUGGGGUACUCAGUCUUACGGAUCCAGCUCCAUCCCCUCCCAGCUUCAGUAUGUUAACACCAACAUCGUCAGCCAGUCCGUGUGCGCUUCGUCUGCCUACAGCUAUGGUAGCUCAAUCCGCUCAACCAUGAUCUGCGCUGCUGCCAGCGGCAAGGAUGCCUGCCAGGGUGAUUCCGGUGGCCCAUUGGUCUCCGGUGGUGUUCUCGUCGGUGUUGUCUCCUGGGGUAUUGGCUGCGCCUACUCCAACUAUCCCGGUGUCUACGCCUCUGUUGCUGACCUUCGCUCCUGGGUGGUUAGCAACGCCGCUUCCGUUUAAGAACAUUUGCAAAUAAAAAGAUACAAUGCACUAACUAACGAUUUGCAAUAGUUUUAUUAACUUCAUUAAAUUGUAUCAGACUGCUCAGAGGCAGCCGAGUUCCACAAGCGAUUCUUGGUCUUGGCAUUAGCUUUGUCUUGCCUUGUCACUGGUCGCAGGUGAGCUGCAUCCACAAUAUCCCUGUAAGCAGAAAAGCUGGACCUUACUAAACAUCACUAGGUUAGGGGUCUAAAAUAUAUUCACUUGAACUCCUCAUAGUUUUGGGUAUUAUUAACUGCCCGCAGUUUGGCAUCAUUACGGAGAUAAUAAAUUUCGUCAUCUCGCAAACGCUGCAAGCAAUCAUCACGCAAGCGAAGAAGCUCCUCGCAAGUUAUUAUACCUGGUUCCGACAUUAUAGUAGAAUAGUUAAGAGAAUUAAAUAUU